AAUUGAAGUGGACAUGGAUCGUCUUCCUCGCGACGCGAACCUUAUCAUACCCUUAUUAUAUUCACUUCCAGUAAUCUAUAAUUAAAAAUAAAUAAAAAAACAAAAGGCGCGGGAAGCUGAUGCGUUGAAGAAAGCAUAGAGAGAGAGAGAGAGAGAGAGAGAGAGACGAUGAUGAUGAUGGACACGGAUUCCACACCGAGUAUGCUUAUGGGAACGGGGAAUAAAGCAGCAUUUAUGAAUUCAAUAAACACAUGUUUAUAUUAUCUCAUAGGAGCAGCGUAGUUAGCUUCAAUAAAUUUAUCAAUUCAUUUUCUUGUAAUACAUCGGCCGAGUUUCAUUCUCCAACUUCUCUGCGUUUCUCUCGCGAUCUGAUCGGAGGGAUCUGAGGUGUGGAGUGUGGAGAGAGAAUCAAUGGGGAGCUACAGGAUGUGCCUCUGCUUCACUCGGAAGUUCAGGAUCAUGGAGGCGCAACCGCCGCCGGAUGUCAAAGAGGCGUUCAGGAAGUACGCGGAGGGCGGGACUAACAUGACGGCGGAGCAGCUCCGGCGGUUCUUGGCGGAGGUGCAGGGCGACGUUGGGGCUACUACCGCCGCCGCCGAGCAGAUUAUUGAGCAGGUUCUGCGCCGCCGACACCAUAUCGUUAAGUUCGCGAGACACACUCUCACAUUCGACGAUUUUCAACAUUACCUCUUCUCUGCUGACCUUAAUGCUCCUAUUGGAUCUGAGGUCCACCAAGAUAUGACUGCUCCAUUGUCCCAUUAUUUUAUAUAUACUGGCCACAAUUCAUACCUGACUGGAAACCAACUAAGCAGUGAUUGCAGCGAUGUUCCAAUAAUAAGUGCGCUCAAGAGAGGUGUAAGAGUAAUAGAGCUCGAUAUAUGGCCAAAUUCAACAAAAGAUGAUAUUCAUGUUCUUCAUGGAAGGACCCUAACAACUCCUGUGGAACUCAUUAAAUGCUUGAGAUCUAUUAAAGAGCAUGCUUUUUCUGCAUCUCCGUACCCUGUAGUUAUAACUCUUGAAGACCAUCUUACUCCAGAUCUUCAGGCAAAAGUAGCUCAGAUGAUCACUCAAACAUUUGGAGAGAUGCUGUUUUAUCCUCAAUCAGAAUGUUUGAAAGAAUCCCCUUCGCCAGAACAACUGAAGUAUCGGAUCAUUAUUUCAACAAAACCCCCAAAAGAGUACCUUGAAGCUAAAGGCUCUAAGGAAAAGGGUAAUACUUCACAGAAGGAUAAGGAUUCUGAUGAUGAUGCAUGGGGGGAGGAGCCAUCUGACCUUACGACUAAUAAAGAAAAUUAUGAUAAGAGUGAUAGUGAUGGGAGCGAAGACAAUCAAGAUGAUGACGACGACGAUGACGAUGAUGACGACGACUCUAAUCACAAAUCAAGACCACUUGGGGUGUCUUCUUACAAACGUCUUAUUGCUAUUCAUGCCGGAAAGCCCAAGGGUGGGAUAGAGGAGGCACUGAAAGAUGAUCCUGAGAAAGUUAGGCGCCUUAGUUUGAGUGAGCAGGCGCUUGAAAAGGCUGCAGAAUCUCAUGGGCAAGACAUCGUAAGGUUCACACAUAGAAAUUUUCUGAGAAUAUACCCAAAGGGUACUCGGUUUAACUCGUCCAACUACAAGCCACUAAUUGGUUGGAUGCAUGGUGCUCAAAUGGUUGCAUUUAAUAUGCAGGGAUACGGUAGAUCACUCUGGUUGAUGCAUGGGAUGUUCAGGUCCAAUGGAGGGUGUGGUUAUGUGAAAAAGCCUGAUUUUCUAUUGAAUACUCAGUUGUUUGAUCCUAAAGCAAAGUUGCCAGUGAAGAAAACCUUGAAGGUCAGAGUGUAUAUGGGUGAUGGAUGGCAUCUGGAUUUUAAGCAAACUCACUUUGAUUCGUAUUCACCACCAGAUUUCUACACUAGGGUUGGUAUAGCAGGAGUUCCUGCUGAUGAGAUAAAGAAGAAAACAAAGACAAAAGAGGAUAAUUGGACCCCUGUUUGGGAUGAAGAGUUUACAUUCCAACUGACAGUUCCUGAACUGGCUUUGCUUCGAGUUGAAGUACACGAGUACGACAUGUCUGAGAAAGAUGAUUUUGCUGGCCAAACUUGUUUGCCUGUAUGGGAAUUGAGGCCAGGGAUUCGUGCAGUUCCCCUCUUUGACCGCAAAGGAAAGAAGUUCAACUCAGUACGACUCCUAAUGUGCUUUGAGUUUGUCUGAGAUUUUGGUCAGUGGCUGUGUUUCCGUGUACCUAUAUGCAUGCGUGAUGUAUGAUGAUUUGCUGUCCAUGCUGUUACUGUGUAUCAUAGAUUAGCUAGGCUGUGUGUUUAUUAGAGAGAGGGAGGGAGAGGGAAACAGCAUUUUGGCAUUUUUUCUUUUGAAUGUACUGGUGGAGUGAGAAAUGCUUGUAAUCAGAUUGAUUUCCCCAUCUUUUUUUCAUCUUUGAUUGUGAACUUAGGCUUUAAGCUGAAUUGUGUAAAUGUUAUCUUUUGUUUUUAAA